GUGUAAACGUAGCCGGCGUGCAUGUUAUGUCAUCACGUACUUCAGCAAAACAAACUCCGUCCGUUUUAUAUCUUAUUUCCUCCUUUACACGAGACUAUUGAUUCAGCAGAAACGCCAGAUGGACUUAUGAGUGUUUUGUAUGGUUAAUGUAAUGUGAGUGUUGCUCUGCUGAAACCGCACUAUAUACGUCUUUAUAUACGGAAGCCCCAGCGGUUCAUUGGAACGGUGUCUGAAGGGCCACAUACAGGAUGAUCUACAUCAUAAUGGGAGUCUCAGGCUGCGGAAAAAGUGCCUUAGGUGCCUUCCUCUCAGAUAAGCUGGGCUGGCCCCUGCAUGAAGGGGAUAGCUUCCACCCUCAGGGGAACAUUGAGAAGAUGGCUCGAGGUGAACCACUCACAGACCAGGACAGACUGCCGUGGCUUCUCAAACUACACGACAUCAUUGAGAGAGAAAGGCGUUCACGCUCUGAUGCUCUCGUGGCGUGCUCCGCCCUGAAGCACCUGUACAGACAGAUCCUGCUCUAUGGCUCCAAAGCCCUCGCCGGUCCACACCAAGAUAUUCUGCCUGCCGCCUCUCCUGAUGUCUUUUUUCUCUUCCUACAUGGUGACUAUGAGCUCAUUCAGGAGAGGAUGGUGGCCCGCAGGGGACAUUACAUGAAAGCAGAUCUGCUUUGUUCCCAGUUUGAUGUUUUAGAGCCUCCGUCAGAUAAGGAGAAUGUGUUGCUUUUGGACAUCAGGAGGAGCAUCACUGACAUCACCAUGGAGGUCGAGAAGCACAUCAUCAGCUUCAAGUCUUCACCAAUACUUUAACUACGGUCCAUAUCCAGCUCAUAUCCUAGUAAAGAGAGUUUGAGAGUGAGAGAGUUUUGACUUGAUCUACUCAGUACUGCUUCAGUACAGCAUCUGUAUGAUCCUGUGGUGCUGAAAACAUUUUAAAACACAUCAAAGUGCCAUAAUAUAUUUCUCUACUCAGUAUCUGAUUUUACUAAGGUUUAUAAUGGAACUAUGAAGAGCUUUUUAUCAAGAGGAUUGUGGUAAUAUUGUAAAAGUUUGCACUGUAAAGAUUCACAUUUGAGUAAUUUUAUUUAACUUUUAAUCUAUUUGACUGCAAGUGAUGAUGAACAAAUACCUCGAGCACAUUUUCUUUCUACAACAGAACCAAAGGCAAAAGCUUUUUAAAUCUGAAAAUGAACCUGACAAUGAAAAAAAUGCAUAAACUGACAUAAUUUGUGUAUUUUGCUACAUGGCUACAACAGACCUGCAACAUUUACAGGGGACAUUUAGCUGUUUGGCCUUGUAGCUAUUGUACUGGCUUGAUUCACAGUUGCAUCAGUAUGGGAAUAUGAAAUAGAAAUGUACUGAUGAAGGUUUUGGUUGAAUAUUUUAUACCUUAAGUUUUUGAAUCACAUGUUUUAAUAUAUAUUUUUACUUUGACAAAAGUCCAAAACCCGAAGAUAUUCAGUGUAUAAUCACACAAGAAAGAAAAACAGAAAAUCAUCACGAUGCAGAAACUGGGAGUCUUAGCUCAGUUUUGCUUGACAGACGAUAUAGAAAUGAUGAAUGGAUUAUCAAAAAAGAUGCCUUCAGCUCUACACAUAACCCAUCUAUAUUUCAGGAAAUGAUGUGGUUUUCUUAAUACCUGAAAAGUCAACUUAUAAGUUUGUUCAGUUCGGUUUAGAGGACAUAAUUAACUGGUGGACAGCAGAAUCCGAAGCCUGUAGGAAAUAUGUUUCUACAUCUAUAACGAUUUAACUCUUUCUUGACCCCAUUUUAUUGUUUCCCAUGACUCCAGAUGACCUUUCUGUUUCCCCCUCAGCAUUACAGGUUUCUCUUAUCUGCUAUUCAAUAUUGUUUUCAAAAAUCUAACCUGCUUUGCUUGAGUUCUGACAAUUUACCAUCAGCAAAUGGAUUAUGUUUUUUUAUGUAAU